CAGAGAGGUGGGAAGUUCCCUACUCUUAAACCCAUGCACGUUCCCCUUCUUCAAUGCUCUCACCUGUCCCCUAACAACACCAUUCAAUAGUCAUCUCUCUCCCCCCCUCCUAUAUCUUUCCUUAAUUUAUCCCUAGUACUCCUAUUCAUUUAAUUACCACUACAUUUUCAACACUUGUCCCUCCAAAAUUUUGGUAUCUUGAUUUCUUAUAGCCAAAUACGUGCAUGCUCUAUAAUUAAAGUGAGUAAUCAUGGGUACUUCUUUGCCUUCAUUUUGUGGAGUGCUUCUUCUACUUUUAUGUAUAGGUUGUCCUAAUUUGGUGAGGUGUGGGGCGGAGGAUUUAAGUUUUCUUCAAUCAGAGUGUUUAAAUGUGCCAGCUUCGGAGUUUGUGGGCUCUGUUAAGUCCACCAUUGACACUGUCCGUCAAGUCACUUCUAUUGUGUCGAAAUUCGUCAGCUUCUUUGGUGAUUUUCGCCUUUCGAAUGCCAUUUCUGAUUGCCUUGAUCUGUUGGACCUCUCUGCAGAUGAACUUACUUGGACUCUCACUGCUUCUCAGAAUCCCAAAGGGAAAAACAACAGCACAGGUAAUUUAAGUGCAGAUUUGAGGAAUUAUUUGAGCGGAGCACUUAUUAAUCAAGACACAUGCAUAGAUGGAUUUGAUGGAACAAACGGAAUGGUCAAGAAUUUGGUUGCGGGAAGCCUCAACCAAGUCACUACAUUAGUCCGUGACAUUCUUUACAUGGUCCGCCCUGUCCCUAAAAACGCCCCCCGGGCCAAUGACGGGCGUGGAAAACCAUGGCAAUGGUCCCGAGAGAGGAGGCUAACGUCAAAUAAAGGAGACGUCAACUCAUUCCCUUCGUGGCUUAACCAAAAAGACAGAAGGUUGUUGCAAUCUACUCCCAGCACAGGAGUUGUUGCGGACGUUGUGGUAGCUCUUGAUGGAACGGGUAAUUUUACUCGUAUUGAAGAUGCUAUAUCAGCAGCACCGGCAUUGAGUACCAAGAGAUUUGUGAUACAUAUCAAGAAAGGUAUUUAUAACGAGUAUGUGGAAAUUAGCAAGAAGAAAUGGAACAUAUUGAUGAUCGGUGACGGAAUAGAUGUAACUGUUAUUUCUGGGAAUAGAAGUUUUAUUGAUGGAUGGACCACUUACAGAUCUGCAACAUUUGCUGUGAAAGGUCAAGGAUUCAUUGCACGGGACAUGACAUUUGAGAACACAGCAGGACCCCAAAAGCACCAAGCCGUUGCAUUUCGCUCCGACUCAGACUUGUCUGUGUUGUUCAGAUGCGCGUUCAGAGGCUACCAGGACACUCUCUACGCCCAUUCUAUGCGCCAAUUCUACCGAAACUGCGUAAUUACUGGCACGGUAGACUUCAUAUUUGGAGAUGGCACGGUCGUUUUCCAAAAUUGUCAAAUAUUAGCCCGAAAGGGACUACCCGAACAGAAGAACACCAUCACAGCCCAAGGCCGAAAAGAAGCUGCUGAAACAACAGGCUUCUCCAUCCAAUUCUCUAAUAUAUCUGGCGAACCAGAUCUAUUAGCUUCACUUAACUCUACACAAACAUUCCUUGGUAGGCCGUGGAAGGCAUAUUCGCGCACUGUCAUAAUGCAAUCGUACAUGAGUAAUGUAAUUAAACCACAGGGCUGGUUAGAGUGGAACGGUAAUAUAUCACUUGACACAUUGUACUACGCCGAGUAUCAAAAUUUCGGGCCUGGUGCGGGCUUAGGCGCUAGAGUCAAUUGGACUGGUUAUCAUCUACUCAACGAUUCAUCGCAGGCAAAUAAUUUCACAGUGGCUCAAUUCAUUUUGGGUAACUCAUGGUUGCCUUCUACGGGAGUUAAGUACACUGCUGGUCUAGCGGUUUAAUUGAUCUAAGCUUGGGGCCAAUUUUAAUUACCAUAUCCAUAUCCAUGUUAUCUCCCUUGUUUUUUUUUUUUUGGCUUACCACAUCAAUUGUUUCUCUACUGAUAUAUAUUCAUCCUUUGUUCUUUGUUGGUUGCUUUUCGGGCUUUUGGUGAAUUUGUACUUGAGACAAUUUACACGGAUGAUUCCUUUCUAUUUAGUCAUCCACUCUGUACCUUUAUCCAUUUUACUUCCACAUCUUAAUAGAUCGUGUAUAUUUACAACAUAACCUCUGUAUAACAGUUUGUUUGUUUCGGUUU